GCUCCGUUUCGGGCUUGGGGGACGAUGCGUACGCUUGGCAAUUUCACGCUGCGGCUGGUUCCCACACAGGAGCGCGCGGCAACGAGUCCUUGAAGGUUUAUUCGUCAGAAGAACGCAACAAACUUUACGACGGCUUGGCCGGGCGGCCGCGCGUGGAGGCUGCGCCACGGCCGUAUGACACUCCUCGCCGGCGCUUCCCUGGAGCUAACGUCUCACAAGUGGAUGGGCUUCUUCGCGAUGACCGAACUCCCCUCGCGUCCGAGCACCCAUCACAGUACGGGGAGCUUUACACUGGAGCAGCUGGCGUUCAUGGCCACUGGCUACUGAAACCGAAAGUGGAAGACGUCCAGAAAUGCCCUGGUGGAACUGCUGGAGCUGGCCCUUCGCAGGUGGACGAGAUUGUUCUCGGCCGUGACCUUGAUGGUUCCUCUGGCACAGCACUCAAGCAGCUGCUUUUGGAAGGGGCCGCUGGUUGCAAGAGCAUUGGGGUGGCCCCGAAGUUCGCAGGCAAGCGGUGUGUUCCUGGAGGCGAUUCGCAGGUGGACGAGCUAAUCUGGGGCACGGACGUUGACGGCUCGUCGGACCCAGCCCUGCAGAAGGCCAAGGACCAGCUCUUCCAAGGGGCUGCCGGUUCCAAGGGGCCACCCCAACUUCAGGGAGGCCGACGACACCUGGAGGCUGAGAGUGGGCGAACACCACGACCAGAAGGUCGACGGCACCAUGCAGGACCUGCAGAUCGAGUCGCUUGGUUGCUGGGAAAGCCGGGUGCUGUGGACAGCCC